AUGGCUGACAUUGAGUAUUACGCUGUCACGAAUGCGUGGCUAUUACACGAACGGUGCGUUCGGAAUGUGGUACUGCUAGCUCUUCGUCCCCCAAAGGCGGGAUGGCUGGCGAUUGAAUUCAAAACUAGCCUCAACGUUGAGGUUUUCAUGAACCGUAUCUCUUGCGGCUUGAAAGCCUGGAGCCAGAGGUCCAUCAGCUCCGAGAUGGGAGGACUGUCGUUUGUGAACAGCCUUCAAUCCAAGGAUAAUCGAAAUUAG